UUAUACAUAUUAUUCAGUCGUCGUAUGAUCGGCUGUGUUACAGUAUUGUAUGCCAUAUAAUAAUUGUCAUAUGGCUUUGCUCUGGGAACAAAACACAUAUGUUCAAUGAUAGUUUAAACAGCUGAAAGCAAUAUUGUCAUUCCAGAACGUAACCUUUCAAUAUAACUGACCCCAUUGUCCCCUUUUGGGAGAUAAUGAAAAAAGCCCAGAGGGGAUCAAGUGUGGACACUUCACGGGUUACUAAUACGCUCAGGUGAGAAGGAUAUAUCUAGGACAUCGAGUGGACGCUGUUUCUUCAUCAUGAAUUCCGAACCGAUCGAAUUCACAGACAUGGGCAAAUAUAACAGUCACACCGAUUUAACGAGUAACAAAUCAACGAAAGGUGGAUUUUUUGUGUCCACAGCUAAAGCUUUUAUUUUAGUUUUGCUGGCAAUUUUAAUAGCUGUGGUUGUUGGGUUGAUCGUCCAUUUCGCGGGAUCAGGAAAAGAAGUUGUAUGCAAAUGUUCAGAGGUUCCUGCAAGUGGGAGUAUUGCAGAUCGUCUGGCAGAAUGCAAAACCUUAGCAGUACAAGGAAAUGUGGAUAUCUGUACAGCAUGUUCGAAGGGUGGCAUGACGAUGAGCACCACCACCGCACCUCCGACAACCCCGACAAAACCUGAUGUACGUCUACCACGUCACCUAGAACCAGUCUUCUAUGAAGUAGAACUCCAGCCACACAUGUAUAACGACCAACCUAAAACAUUCACAUUUGAUGGUAGUGUUAGAAUACAGAUCCGAUGUGUAGAAGCUAGUAAUAAUGUGACCUUGCAGAUAAAUAAACUAAAUAUAACGAGAGACACUUUGCUUUUUGGCCGAGAAGGCACAGUCUCCGCACCAGCCAUAAAAUCCUGGAAAGAAGACACUACACGUCAAUUUCUAAUAAUCUAUCUUGACGGAGAUCUUACAGUCGGUGCUACAUAUUACGUCGAAAUGAAGUUUGUUGGACCACUAAAAGACGAUUUGGCAGGUCUUUAUUUAAGUAAAUACGAUUAUAAUAACGAAACAAGAUAUGUUGCUACUACACAGUUGCAGCCAACAGAUGCCAGGAGAGUGUUUCCUUGUUUUGAUGAACCUGCCAUCAAGGCCAAGUUUAAUAUAACAUUAGUGAGGAAGAGCAAUAAGAAGACUAUAUCUAAUAUGCCAAUUGCUCAAAGUAUCCCCAGAACAGAUGAUUGGGUAGCCGAUGUGUAUUACACCACGCCCAAGAUGUCUACCUAUCUGCUAGCUUUUAUCGUCUGUGAUUUUGAUGUUAUAAACCAGACAACCAAGAAUAACAUCGAGUAUGGUGCCUGGGCCACACCUGGUAAAACGGACCAAGCAACUUAUGCCUUGGACACCGGAGUUAAAAUAUUAACAUACUUCGAAGAAUAUUUCAAUAUCUCUUUUCCCCUUCCCAAGCAAGAUAUGGUGGCUAUGCCAGAUUUUUCUGCUGGUGCUAUGGAGAAUUGGGGAUUAAUUAUAUAUCGGGAAACGGCCAUGUUAUAUAAACCCGGUGUGUCAUCAGAAGGUAACAAACAGAGGGUUGCUGUUGUUGUUUCACACGAACUUGCUCAUCAGUGGUUUGGUAAUUUAGUCACACCGUCAUGGUGGGAUGACUUGUGGCUAAAUGAAGGAUUUGCUAGUUUUGUAGAAUAUAUGGGGGUUGACUUUUGUCACCCGGACUGGAAGAUGUUUGAACAGUUUGUUGUUGAAGAUUUGCAGGACGUCUUUGAUUUUGACGGUUUAACUACGUCACAUCCGGUUUAUGUACCCGUCGGUCAUCCCGAUGAAAUCAAUGAAAUAUUUGAUAGAGUGUCAUAUGCUAAGGGAGCUUCUAUUAUACGGAUGAUGAGAUUUUUUCUCGGGGAGGAUACAUUCCGUUUAGGAUUAACGAAAUAUUUAAAGCGAAAGGAAUAUGGCGCAGCUUUCCAUGAUGAUCUAUGGCAAGCUCUGACAGACCAAGCUCAAUCAGAAGGUAAAAGUAUAGAUGUUAAGAGUAUAAUGGAUACGUGGACGUUACAGAUGAACUAUCCUACUGUUACCAUAACACGAGAAGGUGACAACCUAAGUCUUACUCAGCAACGUUACCUUCGAGAUCCAUCUGCUGUAGAUCCUAUGAAAUACACGUCAGAAUUUGGUUAUAAAUGGGAAAUUCCUUUUACUUACACAACAAGCGUCGAUAGGCACUUUAAUAAAUCAGAUGCUGACGUAAAAUGGAUAAGGAAAACGAAAUCUGUCAUGACUAUGAUGGGUGAAGGACUACCACUAACAACAGAUGCUGAUGGUUGGAUUAUUGGUAAUGUCCAGCAGUAUGGUUUUUAUAGAGUUAAUUAUGAAAAUUCUAACUGGUUAGCACUAAUUAAUCAGCUAAACACAGACCAUAAGGUAAUUACGGCGAUAAACAGAGCACAGAUUAUAAAUGACGCUUGGAACUUGGUCACCUCUGGAGAUCUUGAAAUGACGAUUGCGCUAAAAACUUUAGAAUAUCUAAAUAAAGAAGAAGACUAUGUGCCCAGAGAAGCAGCAAGAAUACAGAUUGCUUUUGUUGAAAGAAUGUUAUCUAAAUCGCCAGUAUAUGGAGCAUGGAAGAAAUUUAUGUUAAGUAGAAUACAAGAGCCAUUUGAUCUAUGGACAAUGAAUAAUACUGGAGCCUCACAUCUGGAUUCUUAUGUGAGAUCUUUGGUAGUAUCAACAGCGUGCGAUUAUGAUUUACCGGCUUGUAUUAGUAAUGCCACGUCAUUAUUUAAGCAAUGGAUGGAAAAUCCCAGUAACAAUCCAAUUAAUCCAGGAAUAAAGACCAAGGUCUAUUGCACAGCCAUUAAGUAUGGUGGUGUUGCAGAAUGGGAUUUUGCCUUUGAACAAUUUAAAACAGCGGACGUUGCUGCUGAGAAAGUAAGACUGUUACAGGGUAUGGCAUGCAGUCAAGAACUGUGGAUAUUGAGAAGAUAUUUACUAAAAGCUAUAAGAAAAGAAGAUAUAAGAAAACAGGAUACAUUGAGUGUGAUUAUAUAUGUAUCAACUCAUGCUUACGCGCGUUCUUUUACUUGGGACUUUGUUAGAGAACACUGGACUACCAUAAAAGACGAUUUCGCAGUGUCUUUGUUUGCCUUCUCCAAUAUGAUAGGACGUGUAACCCAGGCCUUCAACACACAGUUUGAGUUACAACAGCUCGAAGAAUUUAUAAAAAGUCAAUCCGACUUCGGUUCUGGAGAAAGAGCUUUUACACAAGCCUUGGAAAAAGCCAAGACCAAUAUUAAAUGGAUAAAUCAACAUGAAAAAACCAUAGAAACGUGGCUGGCUGGUUUAGGAUAUGAGUAAUUCUGUUAUCUUCAUUUUUUGUAUGUUACCUUAUUGGUUUCUUUUUUGUUGAACAAAUAUUUUAAUUGGGGUGUAACAUAAUACUUAUAAUAGUUAUUAGAUUUGUAAAUAUAAAAAUAAAUAUGCUUUAAACCAAAUUUAUGUUAAGGGCGUAAGUUGGUUGUGGUUUUCAUCAUGCAUUUAACCGUUUUCGAAUUUUUAAUUGAAUUGUACGAAAACGUGCUAUAUCCGAAAUUGCAGAACAAAAUAUAGAGUAGUUAUACAAAUAAUUUUAUAAGAAUAGAUUAUUAAUCUCUGCGUGUUUUUAUACGCCCACAUUUUCAUGUGGACGUAUCAUGCCGUCGCCCCUGUCCGUCCGUCCGGACGCCCGUCCACAAUUUGUGGACACUCUACAGAUCACAAUUUUUAUUCGAUUUUAACGAAACUUGAAAUAUAGGUCUAUCCCCCAAAGAUCUUGGUUCCUUUCGAUAUUGGCAUGUAUCUGAUAUGGCCCCUGAUUGUACGAAAAAUCACGUUUUUAGCUAGUGGACACUCUAGAGGUCACAAUUUUCAUCUUGAAAUUCAUGUUUAUAACCCAAAGAUCUUGGCCCCUUUCUAUUUUUGCGUGUAUCGGAUUGUAACUUCCUGAAUUAUGGCCCUUGAUUGGACGAAAAAUCGCAUUUUCAGAUUGUGGUCCCUCUAGAGAUCACAAUUUUUAUCGAUUUAAAAACCGUUUAUCACCGUUACAUCCUAAUGACGUUCGAGUUUGAAUUUCGUAAAAAAAAAAAAAGAACUAAAACUGUCGGACAAAAUGGCUGCCCCUCCUUGUGGACCAUCUAUAGGCCACAAUUUUGAUCCGAUUUUGAUGAAACGUUAAACUUAUGUUCAAAUCACAAAGACCUUGGUUCCUCUCGAUAAUCGCGCAUAUUCAAAUGUAACUUUCAGGAUUAUGGCCCCUGAUUGUUUGAAAAAUCGCAUUUUUAGCUCAUGGACCCGCUAGAAAUCACACUUUGUAUUCAAUUUUAAAAACAGUUACAUAUCAAUGAAGGUUAAGUUCGAAUUUGGUGAAAAUCGAACCGAAACUGCCCGACAAAAUGGCCGCUCCUUGUACGCAAAUCGUGUACUAGUAUGUAAUACUAAGGUUGUGGACUCCACAAUUUUUGUCCGAUUUUGAUGAAACUUAAGAUAUAUCUGUAUAUCCCACAGAUCUCAGUCCCUUUUGAUAUUCGUGCAUUUCAGACCAUAACUUCAGGGAUUAUGGCCCCUGAUUGUACGAAAAACGAAAAAUCGUGGGGUUUUUUUUUAGUUUGUUUUCUAUCCAUCUCUUGCAAAAUCUGGGCGUAUUUUGCCUGGCAGCCGCUGUUUUUUUUGUUUUUUUGUUUUAAAAAAAUAAUACAUGUUGGCUACUUCUAUAUAUUUGUCCAAAAUAGGCCGCCUACUAUAGUUUCAAGUUAAAAGAAAAAUGUAUGGUCAACACCCUACCCAAAACUAAACAGUGUACACCCAGAUGCUUUAUGUAAUAGCUAAAUCUUUAUAUAGCGGGGUUUAUUUUGGCUUCAAAAGUUUUAUAAACUAUUAUUUAGACACUUGUUCACAUGACAAGCAUAUAAAAUAAACUCUCUUAGCCAUAUGAUGGCCGAGAUUUAAAUGGAUUGAAUCACGAACGCCGUUUAAUAAUUUAAUUUCACAGAUCUAGAUUUGUCAAGUACCGUAACUACGAUAAUAACCAAUCCUGUCAAAACUUCAAACACUGAUAAAUUGCGCUCAGAAUAAAGUAAUUUGAAUGAAAUCGUGCCCUAUGCAUCUUUACCGAAAAUAAGGAAAUAUGAUACACAAUUUGUCUCUCUCGGCCAUGAAGUCCCAGCAAUAACUGUCAAUAUGUUUGUAUUAGAAAAAUGUCUCGGGUCAUCAUUUGAAGGAUGUUUAAUCUAUUUGUAAACUAAAACAUUGUGCAAGUUGAAACCCUAACAGGAAUAUAUGUCCCCAAACUGUUCAAUACCUUGCAGUAUUUAUCAAGAUGUUAUGUUGAAUUGACAAUUGAUCAAUCAAGCCAGCGUGACGUUUAUUAUCGGUUGAUGGACUUCUGUUUUAUCCGAUUGAGUCCCAUACGUCUUUUGUUGAGUAUAUUAUGUUAAAUCAUAGAAAUAUAUACCUAUGGUUAAAUGAUAAUAUGAAUAUAAGUACACUUUAGCGUGGAUUGCACAGUGAUAACUUAUUCUCCGAAUAAUAUAUAUGACUACCAGCGGCUUUAUUUUUUUUUAUCAUUAUGAUGAUUCAUAUCAUUUGUUGAAUUAAAAACAGUUUUUUUAAUGCACAUCCGUUGAUACCGACGUCCAUACAUUUACUACAGCUUUAAAACAUUUGAGAGUUUUAUCUUAUAGCUUUUUUAUUCAUUGUUCAUCGAUUUUUAUAUCUUUAGGUUGUGUUGUUUGAUUAAUCAUUUAAUAAGAAGUAUACCCUCCGACACAUAGUCGUUUCAUUGAAUUGUUCUCUCGAUUUGUAGAAGACGUCACUGCCGUAUUAAAAUUUAACAUAAAUAAACCUAUCCAAGGCAACGCAAGGCUAGAACCAAAAACACUCUCAUCAUUGUCCUUUGAAUUUAAAAAAAGCCGCGAUUUUAAAGCCUCAUAUCGAUUAUUUUAUUCUUGCUUUAGCGAAUUGUCUGGCACUAUUUUUCGUUCUUAUUAUUUUGCUUGAUAAAAUCUGAACUAUAAACUACACGAAAGAGUAUAUUAGAGAGUUAUUAACUAUUAAUUUGCAAGCGAACGUUAAGCUUCAUUCUAGGCCAAUACAAAAUUAAACCGAAACGUAUAAGAUGUAAUCUUAAUAAAUAUAUUUCAUAUAAAUAGAUGUCUAAUUAAGGUAUAAUAUUAGAGUAUAUAUAUUGUUUAUUAUAGAUUUGUCUAUGCUUUGUUUUAUAUUGUCUGAUUUUAAUAAAUGAUUUUUACUACGA